UUACAUAAUUCACACAACAGAAGCUGACCAAACUAUUCUCUCUCCUCAGGCUCUGUCUCUCUCUCUCUCUCUCUCUCUCAUCGAGAAACUUUUGGGGGUCCUUUUUCUCUGAGAGAGGUAAAAGGACCCCACACGCCAAUAUAAACCUCUCAACGCAUUCAAACGGACUGAAAAGUGAAAACCCCCAACUGGGUUUGAUGUUCCGUCGUCAAACCCUCUUGGGUUAAGCUCUAUUUCUUUGACUUUGAAUAAUGCGUACUAUUCAAGCAUUCUUCAAUUUUUCAACCAUCCUUUUAUAUAUAGUAUCAUUUUUUUGGGUGUUUGUUAAGGUUUCGGACCCUAUAUUUUUUUCAUAUCUCAGUUAUUCGUUUGUAGAUUCUUGUUUGGAUUGAAAGAAAAUAAAAGGGUACGGUAGAGAAUAUCUUUAUUCGAAUGUAAUUGUUCUGGACGAUGCUGGCUUUUGGGCUAAUUGGGUUCUUAUCUGAUCUGGGGUUUUUCAGCUUCUACCAUUUCUUCAGAUUCUCUGAUUAAUCUUUCUUGAUGAGGAGUAAAUUAUUUGGUUUGCAUUCGAUGCUCCGUGGUUCCAAUUGAGGCUUGCAUGCUACAUUCUUGACAACCACUUUGUGCAAUGAUAACGCGUUCCAUAAUGGGUUGGCUUAGCAAAAUUUUUAAAGGCUCAAGCCAUAAAAUUUCAGAAGGGCGAUAUGAUUGGAGAUAUGGAUCGGAUACAGUCGGGAAUGAACCUUCAAGUUCAGGGGAUGCAUGGUCAGAGAUUGAAGAUAUAGAUCAUGCUAUUGCGCUCUCCCUAUCAGACGAAUAUCAGAAAGGGAAACAUGUAAUUGACAAUGACUCCCAAUUGAAAGAAGAUGAGCAACUUGCUAGAGCUAUACAAGAAAGCUUGAGUGUAGAGUCUCCAUCCCGAUCUGCAAAUGGCAAUGGAAAUUUUUAUCAACCUAUACCUUUUCCUUAUUCAACAGGGUUCAGGAUUUGUGCUGGUUGUAAUGCUGAGAUUGGUCAUGGACGAUUUCUGAGUUGCAUGGGUGCAGUUUGGCAUCCAGAAUGUUUCCGAUGCCAUGCCUGCAACCAACCAAUUGUUGAGUAUGAGUUUUCCAUGUCAGGGAAUUACCCUUAUCACAAAUCUUGCUACAAGGAGCAGUAUCACCCUAAAUGUGAUGUUUGCAAGCACUUUAUUCCAACAAACGCUGCUGGUCUUAUUGAAUAUAGGGCACAUCCUUUUUGGGCCCAAAAAUACUGCCCUUUUCAUGAGCAUGAUGGAACUCCACGGUGUUGUAGCUGUGAGAGAAUGGAGCCAACAGAUACAAGAUAUGUUGCCCUUGAUGAUGGUAGGAAGCUCUGCCUGGAGUGUCUCGAUUCUGCAAUCAUGGAUACCAAUGAGUGUCAACCCCUUCAUCUUGAUAUACAAGAAUUUUACGAAGGUUUAAACAUGAAAGUGGAGCAGCAGGUUCCGUUAUUAUUGGUUGAGAGACAAGCACUAAAUGAAGCCAUGGAUGGAGAAAAGCAUGGCCAUCAUCACUUGCCUGAGACUAGAGGACUCUGCCUUUCUGAAGAACAAACUGUCAGCACUAUUUUGAAGCGACCAAGGAUUGGGGCAGGGAAUAGAGUCAUGAACAUGAUAACAGAGCCCUAUAAGUUAACGCGUCGUUGUGAAGUGACAGCAAUUCUCAUUUUAUAUGGCCUUCCGAGGUUGCUAACUGGAUCGAUCCUAGCUCAUGAGAUGAUGCAUGCAUGGUUGCGGCUUAGAGGUUAUCGAACUCUCAGUCAAGAUGUUGAAGAAGGUAUUUGUCAGGUGCUGGCUCACAUGUGGUUAGAAUCCCAGAUUAUGUCCAUGUCAGGAAGCAAUGCUGCGUCAACCUCGUCCUCUUCUGCUAUGACAUCAUCAAAGCAUGGAGCUAGAUCUCCAUUUGAUAGGAAGCUUGGGGAGUUCUUUAAACACCAGAUUGAAUCAGAUAUGUCACCAGUGUAUGGACAUGGGUUCAGAGCUGGUAACAUGGCAGUGCUUAAAUAUGGUCUUCGUAGGACACUGGACCACAUUCGGCUGACAGGGACCUUUCCUUAUUGAAAUAUUGAGCAUUGAGCCUGGAAUUUGAGUGGAGUUUCUGAUUUCUUUUUCCUAGUUUGCUCUCUUCAUAUCAGAGCCCUAGGCCACGCUAUAGAAAUUAUAUCUUAAUUGAGUAGUUCCGGGGAAAGCUCUGAUUUAUAUGCCUUUUUGAUGCAGUCCCUUCCUGUACUUUUCUCUUCUCAAUAUUAAUAAAAUCAUUUUUUUAUUUUA